CGGUGCCCCCCCGCUAAGUGUCCGCUUUCUCCUCACUCCUGCGCUCUCCAUUAGCCGCUGCCGGCGGCGCCGGGGAAGGUUUCGUGCUGUAAAUGGGUUCUCUGUCACGUUCAAUCACUGUCAGCGCCGGAGACGCUGCUCCUCUCCGUCCCAUCGUGCCGCCCCUGCCCGGCCACCCGCCUGCCCCACGGCUGUGUGCAUCUCUCCUGCGCGGUGCCAUCCCCCGACAGUCCACGCAUGGGGGACACGCGGGGGACACGUGACGGGUUGGGUGCACACAGUCGCUCACUCGCAGCUCGGUUCACCCCAGGAACCUGCUGGACAUGGACACCUUCUCCAAGUCCGACCCAGUGGUCAUCCUCUUCGUGCAGGGCACGGGGAGCAGCGAGUGGAAAGAAUUUGGGCGCACCGAGGUGAUCGACAACACCCUGAACCCCGACUUUGUCCGCAAGUUUGUCCUCGAUUACUACUUUGAGGAGAAGCAAAACCUUCGCUUUGACGUCUACAAUGUGGACUCCAAGAGCUGCUCCAUCUACAAGCAGGACUUCCUGGGGCAGGCGUUCGUGGCACUGGGAGAGGUGAUCGGGUCCCAGCGGGGCCGUCUGGAAAGAGCCCUCACGGGGGUCCCAGGGAAGCGGUGUGGGACCAUCCUGCUGCUGGCUGAGGAGCUGAGCAACUGCAGGGACAUCGUCACCAUGCAGCUGUGUGCCAACAAGCUGGACAAGAAGGACUUCUUCGGGAAAUCUGACCCCUUCCUCGUCUUCUACCGCAGCAAUGAGGACGGCACCUUCACCAUCUGCCACAAGACGGAGGUGGUGAAGAACACACUUAACCCAGUGUGGCAGCCCUUCACCAUACCUGUGCGUGCCCUCUGCAAUGGUGACUACGACCGCACAGUGAAGAUUGAUGUGUACGACUGGGACCGGGAUGGGAGCCACGACUUCAUCGGGGAGUUUGCCACCAGCUACCGGGAGCUGUCCCGUGCACAGAGCCAGUUCACAGUGUAUGAGGUAGGGCAGGGGCCACAGUGGGGUAGCUUUGGGGUCGUGGGAAGCCCUGCAGCAGGAUCUGCCUGGUGCCCACAGGUACUGAACCCUAGGAAGAAGUGCAAGAAGAAGAAAUACGUCAACUCCGGCACUGUGACUCUGCUGUCCUUCUCCGUCGAGUCUGAGUUCACCUUCGUUGACUACAUACGGGGCGGGACACAGCUGAAUUUCACCGUCGCCAUUGACUUCACGGCCUCCAACGGGCUGCCAUCACAGCCCACGUCGCUGCACUACGCCAGCCCCUACCAGCUGAGCGCCUACGCCCUGGCACUCAAGGCCGUUGGGGAGAUCAUCCAGGACUACGACAGCGACAAGCUCUUCCCUGCCUACGGCUUUGGUGCCAAAGUGCCACCCGAUGGCAAGAUCUCCCACCAGUUCCCCCUGAACAACAACGUGGACAACCCCAGCUGUGCUGGCAUCGAGGGCGUGCUCGAGUCCUACCUGCAGAGCCUGCGCACCGUGCAGCUCUACGGGCCCACCAACUUCGCCCCCGUCAUCAACCAGGUGGCCGGCACAGCUGCCCAGGUUACUGACGGCUCUCAGUACCACGUCCUGCUCAUCAUCACCGAUGGUGUCAUCUCCGACAUGAUGCAGACCAAGGAGGCCAUCGUCACCGCCUCCGCGCUGCCCAUGUCCAUCAUCAUCGUGGGAGUGGGGCCGGCCGAGUUCGACGGUGAGCGGGAUGGGCCGGGGACAGGGAGGGGUCCGGGGGACGCCCGCACGCAGGGUCUGAGCGGUGCCCCCUAGCCAUGGAGG